CAUUCCCCAGCUAGGCCUGGUUAUCACCUCCUGUUUUCUUGGCUUAGAACCGCAACUUUGAAACCUUACCAAUGGCACAACUGCCCAGUCCACAGGGAAAGGGACAGAGAAAUGGUAAAAUUCUCCAGACAUUUGUCCUGCUUUGCUGGAAAAGUCGUGCUGCACUCACAGGAUGGAAAUCCAAGAGAAGCUGGAGUUGCUGGCACAUCUUGUGACAGAAGCUGGACCUCAUUCUCCAUGAAAGGUUCUUGGAAAGAGCAGCUGGGACUGUGGAGAAGAUUGCUGGAAAACUGAAACAGCUUUCCAGAAGGGAAAUGAAAAUGAAAGAAACUAACCAAGCAGUUUUCCUCUAUUUCUUUCUAUGCUUCCCUUUUCCAUGUUGCACUACUUGUCCAUGCCAUUAAUUCCAAAGGGAUCUCAGCUCGAAGAUCGGUGACUUAGUGAGUUUUAGACACUCUAAAGUACCAUGGGCUGUAGACACAGUUUGCCUUCCCCUGUUUUUGUUGUCAAGCAGUGCUGGAGACAUAAGUGUAGUGCUUGGGUCGGGCAUGAAUCCUGCAGGCAGGGAAUGUGCCCCGGCAGUGUGUGAGCCUGAGCAGGGACAAUGCAGAACAGCAAGCGAGGGGAUUCCUCUGGCACAGCGCAGGAGUCAGGACUCUGGGUCUGGGCUGCACAGGGCCAAGUUCCCGUGUUUGGACAGGCUCAGGGGCUGCCCCCGGGGCGCGCGGGGCUCGGCCGUGGAACGGACACGCGGACAAACGGCCCCGGGGCUUCGGCGGCAGCGGCGGCAGCGGCGGCAGCGGCGGCAGCGGCGGCAGCGGCGGCAGCGGCGGCAGCGGCGGCGGCAGCGACUUUGCGGAGUCUCCGAACUCUGCGACCCUCCUCACCUCCUGUUCCCCCUCUCCCUCUCCCACUGUCCUGCACUCUCUCUCCGUGUCCCGCAGUCUCUCCUGGUGUCCCUUUCCCGGUCUCCCCAGCCCCUCUCGGUGUCCCCGUCCCGGCCUUUCCCUCUCCCCCUGCCGGGCCGGGACAUGCCCCCGGCCCGCCCCCGGCCCCGGGCGGGGCUGCCCCGUCCCUGUCCCCGGGCGUCCCCCCGCGGUCUCGCCUGGGUCCGGCUCUGGCCGUGCUGGAGGUGGCGCUGCUGGGCCGGGAUCAGUGCCUGGGGCUGGGGCGGCAUCGCCACCCUUUGGCUGCGCCUGGGGCGGGCACGGCCUCGGCCCCGGUGCCGGCCCCGAGCCCGGCGCCGCCUCCUCCCGGGCCCCGCGGAGGACACACGCGGCGCGGCCGCUCCCGCCGCCUCCGCUGCGGCUUCCCCGGCCCGAGCUCCGCCGCUCGGCAGCGCAGCCGCCGGCCCCGAACCGCCGGGGCCCGGCGCGGCUGGGGAUGCCCGGCCCGGGCCGCUCGGGGGGCGCUCGGGGGCCGUGUCUGGCCCCGGGCCGAGCGCUGACGGCCGCGUGUCGCCCGCAGGGAAGGCGCAGGAGGCCCUGCAGGACCGGUACCGGCUGGGUUCGCUGCUGGGGCGCGGAGGAUUCGGCAGCGUCUACUCGGGGACACGAGUGUCGGACGGCGCCCCGGUGGCCAUCAAAUGCGUGCCGCGGGAUCGCAUCCGGCUCUGGGGCGAGCUGCCCAACGGCGCCCGUGCGCCCCUGGAGAUCGUGCUGCUGGACAAGGUGUCCGCUGGCUGUGCGGCUGUCAUUCAGCUCCUGGAGUGGCUUGAGCUCCCCGACAGCUUCUUGUUGGUGCUGGAGCGUCCGGAGCGGUGCCAGGACCUGUCGGCUUUCCUGGCGGAGCGGAGGUUCCUGCCGGAGGAGGAGGCGCGGGCGCUGUUCCGCCAGGUGCUGGAGGCCGUGCGGCACUGCACCAGCUGCGGAGUCCUGCACAGGGACAUCAAGCCCGAGAACAUCCUGCUCGACCUGGCCACCAGAGAGCUCAAACUCAUCGACUUUGGCUGUGGCGCCUUCCUCCAAGACACAGCCUACACCCAAUUUGCAGGAACCCUGUCCUACAGCCCACCAGAGUGGAUCCACCAGCAGCGCUACCACGGCGAGGCAGCAACAAUCUGGUCCCUGGGCCUCCUGCUGUACCACCUGGUCGUGGGGAAGCACCCGUUCAGGAGGGGCCAGCAGAUCAUCUGGGGCCGCAUCUUGUUCCCACGAUGGCUCUCUCCAGAGUGCCAGGAUGUCAUUAAGAGGUGUUUGUCCAUGCAACCCUUGGACAGGCCAUCCUUAGAAGACCUCUUCAAUGAUCCUUGGCUGCAGGGCGUUCAUCUGCCCUAGAAGAUGGGAGAGGUCCAUGUGCACAAUUGGAUCCAAAAUCCUGGCAGGGAAGGAGGAGCCCCUGGAGAAGCUCUGUCAGGUGGGGCUGCUGCUGGAGACACCAAGGACAACCUCAGGGAUGACAAUCUCUUCCUCCACCUGGUCAGCAGCAGCUGAAGAUGAUGGAGUUUGAUUCUGGCACCUUCUUCAGAGACACGCUUCAUGCCCAAUCUGCAGCCGGGCUCUGCGGGUGCUGAGGCUGCUCUGGGCUCUGCCAGGGCUCUGCUGGGCUCAGCCCUGGGCACGGCUGGGCUCGCUCUGCCCUCACAUUGCUCUGACAGCUUUGCAGCACACCAGCCCCUUCUGAGCACAGCGCCUGAGCUUUCUGCUUUGGCAGCUGAGUGAGACUCUCCUGCUGGCCAAGAGAUUGCAGGUAGGGAUCCACAUCCAAUUGGCAAGAACCCAAACACUCCACAGUCCCAGCUGAACGCCUGGAUCUUCACAGGAUGUUUUGUCUGUCCCACUCUUCC